AUGCGCGAACUCGAUUUUCUUAGAGAAAUGGACCAGUUCAUCGAAGAGAUUCACAGAGAUGACAUUGAUACAGGUCACCUACCGAUGCCGCUUGGGAAUCAACUAGGCAUCCCGCUCCCCCAUCACAUGACCUCGAUGGGCCAGGUGAACUCCAUCCUAAGCCACAAUCCUUUCGUCGUCGUUGGUCAAUCUAAUCAAAACAUGUCGUCAAACAUAAUUCAACAAAACGAUAAUCACAACGUCGACGUAAAAAUGGAAGCUGAUAGCGUCGUUGAUGUCAAAAGACCUCCGCGGUCGACGUCAAGAAACAGCGUUGGUGGAUUAGAAGGAAACCGUAUGUGUGUUGUUUGCCAGGACCGUGCAAGUGGCAAACAUUACGGUGUUUUCUCUUGUGAAGGCUGUAAGGGAUUUUUCAAAAGAACAGUACGAAAGAGCUUGAAGUACACCUGCCGAGACGAGAAAAAUUGUACAAUAGACAAGAGACAGCGCAAUCGAUGUCAGUUCUGUCGGUAUCAGAAGUGUCUCAUGGCGGGGAUGAAGAAGGAAGCUGUACAAGACGAACGAAAACGCCCUACCACCGAGGAAGACUUCGAAAACCCUCUUGAUGAAAUGCCAGUAGUAGAUAUCCUCGAGGCGGAGAGAGAAUACAAUGGACCAGCAGAGCAGUUUCACCUCCGUCACAUCAAAUGGGCAGCUAGAAUUCCACACUUCAAGUCCUUGAGCUUUCACGAUCAGAAAGUUCUCAUAAAGACGGCUUACACCGAGUUGCUUAUUCUCAACUUCGUUUUCAAUCAGUCGAAGAUUUCAAAUCCCCAAACGAUGGUCCUAGAACGAUAUCUCAGCUCUGAUGUUAUGACAAAGAUCCGACAAAUACAGCUGGACGAGACUGAGCGCGGUGCGUUGAAGGCGAUCAUCCUCCUCAACCCGGACUCGCGAGGUCUCCAAUACCCCGAAACUGUUCUCUCGAUUCGCGAGAAGCUUUACGCAUCACUAGAAGCUUAUUGCAAGUCCACGUUUCCUGAACGAAAAGGCCGCUUUGCGCGCAUAUUGCUGAGGCUGCCCGCAUUACGCUCGAUCGGUCUCGAAGCUGAAAUCGAGUCUGCCGUCGAUUGCUCAGCGCUAGAAAACGUCGUUGAUUCUUACUGGCGCUCAGCUCUUAACAUAGACGCCAAUGGCAACAACGACUCACUGAAUAGUAACAAUUUUGUCCAGCUUCCUUCGCCUGGUGCCGUCUCCAACUGUUCAAACACUACCUGUUCAAGUACCACAAUGACGGACCAGAGCACCAUAUUUCCAUUUAGACCAUCUCCUCUUUCUUUCCCAUGA